AUGUUUUUCUCAAAAAAGAAGAGAAAUCAAAAUGAUGGAAUAAUAAUCUUAAUAAAAAAUAGUUUUAAGUAUGAAUUUUUUGAAUAUAACUUUGAUGAGGUUAAUAUUGUUAAAUUACUUAUUAAAGCCAAUAGCACUCCAAUUACUUUAUUUUGUAUAUAUAGGUUUCUGUCAAAUGAUAUUCUCAAAUUUUUUACCACUUUAAACGAUAUUUUAUCAACAGAAAAAAAUGAAAGUGGGUUUACAGUGAUUCUAGGUGAUAUAAAUAUAAACAUAAUUGGUAUAGACAAGUCUGAUAAUUGCAUAUUCCCCGAUAAAUUUAAAACUGCAAUAGUAAUUCCAUUAUAUAAGAAUGGAGAUAAACAAAAAAUUAAUAAUUAUAGACCAAUCUCUAUGUUAUGUAAUUUUUCAAAAAUAUUAGAAAAGAUUAUAAAAAACCGCUUAAUAAACUACUUAGAAGCAAACAAGUUAUUAUCAAAAAAUCAGUUUGGUUUCAGACCAGGUAUAGGUACAGAAGAGGCUCUGUAUAGUGCCACCAGCUUAAUUUAUAAUGCACUAGAUAAGGGAAAGAAAACUUUGGCAAUUUUUCUAGAUCUUGCUAAAGCGUUCGACAUGGUAAAUCAUACGGAAUUAAUUAGAAUUCUACCAAGUUUUGAUAUGAAAACGAGUAGUAUCAAAUGGUUUACAAGUUAUUUAUUUAAAAGGAAUCAAAUUGUUAUGAUAAAUGGUGUNAUGCAGAUGACACAUGUUUGAUUUUUUCUGGUCCCACUUGGAAUUCAGUAUACCAAAAGUCGGAAAAUGAAUUGACAAGUGUUAUCAAUCAUUUAAUCUUAAAGAAACUAUUGUUAAAUAUUAAAAAAACAGUUUUUAUGACUUUUACUAUUAACAAAGAAAAUUUGCCUUUCGAUAAAAUCACUGUCCAUUAUUGUAGAGAUAAGGAGCAAUGUAAUAAUAUUAUUUGUAAAUCAAUUUCAAAAGUACCUUUUACACGGUACCUGGGUAUUACCUAUGAUGAAAAUUUAAGGUGGAAUGUACAUAUAGAUAACAUAGUUAGGCGUUUAAGAAUAUCAGUGUACAAAUUCUGUAAACUUAAAGAUAUUUUUCCUAUUAACAUUGUCCGUAAUAUAUAUUUAUCAUUAUAUCAAGCAGUUUUUCAAUAUGGCAUUCGAGUAUGGGGAGGUCUUACCCAGAAAGCUAUUAAACCACUACAACUGCAAUAA